UCCAGCGGGCAGGACUGGGGGAGCCGUGCGGGGGAAGCGAUUGCAGAACCGGCGACAACCCCAGCAGCAGCCAGCAAAGCUCUAAUCGCAACAACAACAACAACAAAACACUGGUUAUUAUCAGCACAACAUACACAGUGCCCCAAAGCCCACUGUACCGAGGGAAGAGAGCUUGCCUGUCUCCCCUCACCAUUCUCCCUAGGGAUUCCCGAGAAGCUGAUGGCAGUUGCCAAAACGGAGAUGCUCGUGUCACCUCUGCAGAUCUCUGAUCCGUUCAGCUCUUUCCCCCAUUCCCCUACUAUGGAUAACUACCCCAAACUGGAGGAGAUGAUGCUGCUCAAUGCCGGGGGACCUCAGUUCCUGGGCGCCUCAGUCCCUGAUGGCAGCGGCUUCAAUUCCACGGUGGAGGGAGCUGAGCAAUUCGAUCACCUAACAGCAGAUGCCUUCUCUGAAAUGUCACUGAGCAGUGAGAAAGCUUUGGUAGAAUCCAGCUAUGCCAACCAGACCACCAGAUUGCCAUCUCUAACAUAUACUGGUCGGUUCUCCUUGGAACCUGCAACCAACAGCAGUAAUACCCUAUGGCCAGAGCCUCUCUUCAGCCUUGUCAGUGGACUUGUGGGGAUGGCCAAUAUAUCCCCCUCUUCUGCACCUUCAUCUUCACCGUCCUCAUCCUCCUCUUCAUCAUCAUCACAGAGCCCCCCUCUGAGUUGCUCUGUACAGUCAAAUGACAGCAGUCCCAUAUACUCUGCAGCACCAACAUUUCCAAAUUCCAGCUCUGAGAUCUUUCCUGACCAUUCACCUCAGCCCUUCCAAAAUGCUUCCAUUCCAUACCCACCCCCAGCAUACCCUGUCUCAAAGACUACCUUUCAGGUGCCAAUGAUCCCAGACUAUCUGUUUCCACAGCAACAGGGAGAUGUUAGCCUUGUAUCUGCAGAUCAGAAACCCUUCCAGGCUAUGGAGAGCAGAACCCAACAGCCUUCUCUCACACCCCUGUCUACCAUCAAGGCCUAUGCAACCCACACUUCCCAGGACCUCAAGACUAUCAACAGUACAUAUCAAUCUCAGAUCAUCAAGCCAAGCAGAAUGAGGAAAUACCCAAACCGCCCCAGUAAGACACCUCCUCAUGAGAGGCCAUAUGGUUGCCCAGUUGAGUCCUGUGACAGGAGGUUCUCUAGAUCUGAUGAACUGACCAGACACAUCCGGAUCCACACUGGGCAGAAGCCCUUCCAGUGCCGCAUAUGCAUGAGGAAUUUUAGCAGAAGUGACCACUUAACCACUCACAUCCGCACACACACAGGGGAGAAGCCGUUUGCCUGCGACAUUUGUGGCAGAAAGUUUGCCAGAAGUGAUGAGAGGAAGAGGCACACUAAAAUUCACUUGAGGCAAAAGGACAAAAAAGCAGAUAAAGCAACACCUGUCUCAGUUGCUUCUCCUGUGUCCUCAUACUCUCCAUCGGCGUCAACAUCUUACCCCUCUCCAGUGCCAACUUCUUAUUCGUCACCCGUUUCUUCAUCUUACCCAUCUCCAGUUCACAGUUCCUUCCCAUCUCCCACCACAGCAGUGACAUACCCCUCAGUUACCUCCACCUUCCAGACCCAUGGGAUCACCAGCUUUCCCUCUUCUAUAAUGACAAAUGCCUUCAGUUCGCCUAUGUCCUCAGCACUUUCUGAUAUGUCAUUAACAUAUUCCCCAAGGACAAUUGAGAUUUGCUAAGACUUUAAUAAGACUGAUGGGGGGGAGAAAAAAAUACAAAUGAACAGGCGCAAUCUGAAGACUUCCAAAGCAUGGUCUCAGAAUGGGUAUUAUUGAUGACCAAUUGACUUUACCAAGCAAGGCCAUUAUAAACUGCUAAGCUUCGAAUGCCUAAGAAACUGCCAUUUUUAUUUUACAUCCUUUUAAAAAAAAAAACAGACUUUAUUUGCAUGGUUAAUUGAAAUAAUUUCAACAUGAUCCUUUCAAAGAUCAACUUUUAUUUGCAUAAAGGGAUUUUUACUCUAUACAUAAUGUAUAUUGUACAUGUGCAAGUUUUUUUUUCCGUUUUCUUUCUUUUUUUUAAUUUUGGUACUCUUGAUGUGAAAAUUUUGUUCUCCUUGCAUAUUCAUAUGGUAUUAUUUGAAAUGAAUAGGACUCUGUUUGUAAAUGGUAUCUAGUGAUUAUGCUACCAUGAGUUCUUAAGAACAGCACUUAUGUAUUUGAGCAUGCGUAAGAGUAAUGUUACGUUUUAAGUUCUACUUUUUUUGUAUUCUUUUUCUUUUGUAAAUAUCAUCAGAUGGUACUCUCACAUGUCAGUUGUUUUAUUUUCAAGUCUCAGUAACUUGGUGCCUUUUUUGUGAAGCCUUGCUGAUGUCUCGACACGUGUAUCUGCGUGACCUGAUGCGUUGCAUCUAGCCUUAAGGUAAAAGGGAUUUCUUUAAAGAAUGUAUAAGACCUUUAAAAUAAAAAAUUUAAAAAAACACAGAAAAAAAGAUACAGAGCGGAAAAUUGACAGCUUGAAGCACAGCUUCGUUUCUGUAGAAUGUAAGCAAAAACUCAAAGUCUAUUUUUGUAACUGAAAUGUAAAUUUAUAAAUAUAUAUUCAAAGAGUUGGAAUGUUGUAGUUACCUACUGAGUAGGCAUGGAUUUUGUAUGUUAUAAACAUGCAGCUCAUUAUUUUGUGGUCCUUAUUUUUACUUUGUAAUUGUGUUGGUUUAAACAAAGUGACUGUUUGGCUUACAACACAUUUGAAUGCGCUUUACUGCCAAUGGGAUAUUUGGUGUACAACAUAUCCUUCAGAAAAAUAAAAUAUAUAAAAUAUUUUA